CUUCACUCUCGCUUGUUUCUCCCUCCCACUCCUAUCGAUCUCGCCAUGAACCCGCUCCAGAGCGUAUCUCGCUCCGCUCCCCGGGGCUUCACUGCCUGGGGCCGUCCCCGAAUCGCAGCGAGGACGACUCCCUUUUCCCCCCGCCCGUCCACACAGUUUCCCGCGCCGAGAUCGCUCCAUCGCGCCCCAACCCGCAAAUCUCAGGUAUCCUCCGCCGCCGCCUCGCAGGACUCGUCCAACCCCGCCCUCUCUUUCCCCUGUCUCGACGCCCAAGAAGCUAAGUCGGCUCUCCUCUCGACGAGAUCGCUUGAAUCGGGUCCGGAGCCCUCCUACACGACGGGCAAGCACGAACAGUUCCACUGUGAAGACCCACUGUUGCUCGACUGGGGCGGCGUGCUGCGCGAAUUCGACGUCGCUUACGAGACAUGGGGCCAGUUGAACGCCGACCGGAGUAAUGCCAUCUUGCUCCACACCGGUCUGUCGGCUUCCAGUCACGCCCACAGCACCGAGGCGAACCCCAAGCCCGGGUGGUGGGAGAAGUUCAUCGGGCCUGGGAAGCCGCUGGAUACGGACCGAAACUUCAUCAUCUGCACGAAUGUCCUCGGCGGCUGCUACGGCAGCACGGGGCCCUCGUCGAUCGACCCGUUGGACGGCAAGCGGUACGCGACGCGGUUCCCCAUCUUGACGAUCGAGGACAUGGUGCGCGCCCAGUUCCGGCUGCUGGACUCGCUGGGUAUCCAGAAACUGUAUGCAUCAGUGGGGUCUAGCAUGGGCGGCAUGCAGAGUCUCUCGGCCGGUGUUCUCUUCCCCGAGCGCGUCGGUCGCAUCGUCAGCAUCAGCGGCUGCGCGCGCAGCCACCCGUACAGCAUCGCCAUGCGCCACACGCAGCGGCAGGUGCUGAUGAUGGACCCCAAGUGGGCGCGUGGCUUCUACUACGACACGAUCCCGCCGCACUCGGGCAUGAAGCUCGCGCGCGAGAUCGCCACGGUCACGUACCGCAGCGGCCCUGAGUGGGAGAAGCGGUUUGGCCGCAAGCGCGCCGACCCCAGCAAGCAGCCGGCGCUCUGCGCGGACUUCCUGAUCGAGACCUACCUCGACCAUGCGGGCGAGAAAUUCUGCCUCGAAUACGAUCCCAACAGUCUACUCUACGUCUCCAAGGCCAUGGACCUGUUCGACCUCGGCGACGUGCAGCAGCUCGAGACCAAGCGCCGGCGGGCCGAAAACGCCGCUAAGAUCGCCCAGGGCGGCAAGGACCUCGGCUACAUCGACGUCGCCUGCAGCCUGACACUCCCGGACCAGCCUUACGAAGAGCAACCGUCCGUGACGGCGUCCACGCCCGCCAUGGACGAGGCCUUCUCCGGCGAGGAGUCCGCCGCGGCCCCUCCCGCCGACCUCGUCGCCGGCCUGGCCCCGCUGAAGAACCACCCCGUGCUGGUCCUGGGUGUCUCCAGCGACAGUCUCUUCCCUGCCUGGCAGCAGCGGGAGAUCGCCAGCACGCUGCGGGCGGCCGGGAAUGACACCGUGCAGCACGUUGAGCUGGGCGAGGACGUCUCCCUGUUCGGACACGACACGUUCCUCCUGGAUCUGAAGAACAUCGGCGGUGCGGUCGGGAAAUUCCUGUCGUGAGGCGUGGGUGUUCUCGAAAGUGAAAUGAUGAUGACGAUCUUUUCCUUCUUCUUCUUCUUCUUCUUCUUCGUUUCUUUGCGUGCGUCUUUCUUGAUAGAUAGAUACCGAGCAUAUGGCUUAAUAUACG